GUCACAACGCGUCUGGUUGUCAAACUAUCACCGGGCGAGUGAAACGGAUUAUGUGUGCUGCGUCUCUGGAGGAGUACUGUGGGUCAGUCUUUUGGAAUGCGUCUUAUGUGGAGAGAGAAGACCCAGACCUCCCAGUAUGUGUGGAGCAGACAGUUCUGGUCUGGAUCCCCCUGGGGUUCCUCUGGCUAUGCUCUCCAUGGAACCUCAUGUCUUUAUGCAGAAGAUCACGAGCAAAUACAAAACACCGGACUAAGCUCUACCUCUGCAAACAGAUUGUGGUGCUUCUGUUGUUCCUAACAGCCAUUGGAGGCCUGAUCGUCACAUUACUAGAAGAUUUUGGUCCAAACAGCUCAGGAGAGAAAGUUUCUGCUGUAUAUUACACAAACCCAGUCCUCUUCACUGUCACAUGGAUCCUUGUGCUGUUGUGUCAGGAAGGAGUGAGACGAAAGGAAAGAGCAGUAGACUCUGCUAGUCUUUUCCUUUUCUGGCUUCUCCUUGUUCUUUGUGACAUUUUCACUUUCCAGACCCUCCUACGGGAAGCUCUUAAGCAGACCCAGGGAAAUGUCAGAGUUGUCCCUCGUUUUUUUCUUUUCUACACUUCCUUUGGGCUGGAGGUGAUUGCACUCAUUCUCUCCGCUUUGGCUGAUAUCCCUCCUGAGGCAAAAGAGCUUGUGAAAAAGAAUCCAGAGGCUGGUGCAGUGUUCCUGAGCAGAAUCACUUUUCACUGGUUCAACAGCAUGGUGGUGAAGGGCUACAAAAAACCCCUGGUUCAGGAGGACAUGUGGGAGCUGAACGAGGUGGACAGCACCGGCUACAUCAGCCAGCGUUUCGAUCAUCACAUGCAGUACGAGUUGGGUCAAGCUCGGAUCCGAUAUCAAAAAAAGUUGAAGGAUAAACUGAUCAAAAGCCGAGGCAAAGAAGUGGAAGAAGCUUCUCCAAGCAACGGUCUGGGGAAAGGUGUGAGUCAGGAUGUGCUGAUGAUGGAGGAAAAAGGAAAGAAAGAGGAUGAAAAGAAGAAGAAGAAAAAGGGGAAAACGAAAGAAGAAACUAAUUAUCCGAAUUCAUGGCUGGUUACCACCCUUUACAAGACAUUUAAAUGGAUUCUGAUUGAAUCUGCCUUCUUCAAACUUCUGCAGGACCUUCUGGCUUUUGUCAGUCCUCAACUCCUGAAGUUGAUCAUCUCCUUCACUCAAGACAAAACCAGCUAUGCCUGGGAAGGAUAUUUGUAUGCAGUGCUGCUGCUGGUGGUGGCUCUUCUGCAGUCUCUGUUCUUGCAGCAGUAUUUCCAGCGAUGUAUUGUUCUGGGGAUGAAGGUUCGAACUGCCCUCAUGGCAGCUGUGUACAAGAAGGUGUUGGUGAUGUCUAAUGAUAACCGUAAAGAGUCAACUGUGGGAGAAACGGUGAAUCUCAUGUCAGUAGAUGCCCAGCGCUUCAACGACGUGACCAACUUCAUUCAUCUGCUCUGGUCCUGCCCUCUACAGAUCACAGUGACCAUUGUUUUCUUGUGGAUGGAGUUGGGACCUUCAACACUGGCAGGGAUUGCAGUAAUGGUGCUAAUGGUGCCAGUUAAUGGACUGCUAGCCAACAAGGCCAAAGAAAUCCAGACAGAAAACAUGAAAUCUAAAGACAAGAGAUUAAAAAUAAUGAAUGAAAUACUCAAUGGAAUCAAGGUCCUGAAGCUGUUUGCGUGGGAGCCGUCCUUUCAGACUCAAGUUGAAUAUAUUAGAGGAGAAGAGCUGAAGGUGAUGAGGAAGUUUGCAUAUCUCACAUCCGUCUCCACGUUUAUUAGCAGCUGUGCUCCUGCUCUGGUUUCUCUGGCCACAUUUGCUGUAUUUGUCAGUGUGAGCUCAGAGAACAUAUUAACUGCUGAGAAAGCCUUCACAUCAAUCUCUCUAUUCAACAUCCUUCGCUCUCCACUAAGCAUGCUUCCAAUGCUCAUUGCGUCCAUUGUGCAGACAGCAGUGUCUAAGAAGAGACUGGAGAAGUUUUUGGGGGGGAAUGAUCUUGACAGUGACAUUGUACAUCAUGACCCUAGUUUUAACUCUGCUGUCAGCAUAUGUGAUGGUUUUUUUGCCUGGGAAAAAGACUCUGAUCCUCUCCUUAAAAAUGUGUCACUGGACAUUAAGCCUGGUGGGCUGGUAGCCGUAGUAGGAGCUGUGGGCUCAGGGAAGUCCUCACUUCUGUCAGCCCUCCUGGGAGAGAUGCACAGCACCAAAGGUUUCAUUAACAUUCAGGGCUCCCUUGCAUUUGUACCACAGCAAGCCUGGAUCCAAAAUGCCACUCUGCGGGAUAACAUCUUGUUUGGCUCUCCCUAUGAAGACAAGAGGUACCAAGACGUAAUAGAGGCCUGUGCUCUUGGCCCAGACCUCAAGCUGCUGUCUGCAGGAGACCUCACUGAGAUUGGAGAAAAGGGUAUCAACCUCUCAGGAGGUCAGAAACAGCGUGUCAGCUUGGCCAGAGCAGCUUACAGUCAGGCUGAUAUUUUUCUAUUAGAUGACCCCCUGUCUGCUGUGGACUCUCAAGUGGGAAAGCAUCUCUUUGAUAAAGUUAUUGGACCCAACGGACUUCUCAAAGACAAGACUCGUAUCCUGGUGACUCAUGGCGUUAGUUUCCUGCCUUACAUAGAUGAAGUCGUAGUUUUGGUAAAUGGACAGAUUUCUGAAGUCGGAUCCUACCAGAACCUCCGCGCCAGCAAAGGAGCUUUCUCUGAAUUUUUAGACGCAUACGACAAAGAGCAAGACAAUCAGACACAUUCAGAGGAAGCUGAACACCAUGAUGCAGAAGACUUAGAAUUCAUCCCAGACACAGAGGACAUUCAGCCAGACUCUCCCUUGGAGGAUGCUGUUUCUCAUAUGAUGAAGAGGGAAAGCAGCAUCCAACGGAGCCAGAGAGGAAACACAAGCAGUUUCAGAUUAAGAAAAAGCAGCAGUUUAAGAACACCAGAAAACACAAAGAAAAGCCAGAGGCUAAUUGAGAAGGAGACUAUGGAAACAGGACAGGUUAAAUUUUCAGUCUGCCUCCAGUACGUGCGAGCCAUGGGCUGGGGAUAUACCUUUUGGGUCCUCUUCAUUUAUGUAAUGCAGAAUGUUGCUUUCAUUGGUCAAAACCUGUGGCUGAGUGACUGGACCAAUGAUGCAGUGGAGUAUUACAACCAGACAUAUGCUCCCUGGAAGAGGGACACCAGGGUGGGGGUGUUUGGUGCUCUUGGAAUGGCACAGGGUUUAUUUGUGUUCCUUGGCACGCUGCUUCUGGCCAAAGCUGCUGUCAACGCAUCUUGUAUUCUGCAUUCAAGACUGCUUAACAACAUCCUCAGAGUCCCCAUGGUUUUCUUUGACACUACACCAGUUGGAAGAGUCCUCAAUCGCUUUGCAAAGGACAUAUUCACAAUAGAUGAAGCCAUUCCACAAAUGUUCAGUUCCUGGAUCAUGUAUCUACUGGGCGUACUGGGGACACUGUUUUUCCUCUGUCUUGCCACUCCUUUUUUCAUCAUUAUCAUCAUUCCUCUGGCUGUGAUCUACUUCUUUGUACAACGAUUCUACAUUGCAACUUCCCGACAGUUGCGUCGCCUGGAGUCAGUGUCUCGCUCUCCUAUAUACUCUCACUUUGGUGAGACAGUGUCGGGUCUGUCCGUGAUAAGAGCAUACAACCAUCAAGAACGGUUUCUGAAACAUAAUGAAGCAACCAUCGAUGAGAAUUUGAAAAGUAUCUAUUUAAGGAUCAUGUCAAAUAGGUGGCUGGCCAUCCAUCUGCAGUUUCUAGGAAAUCUUGUGGUGUUUUUUGCAGCUCUGUUUGCUGUCAUUUCUAGAAACUCAAUUGACAGUGGCCUCGUUGGUCUCUCUAUAUCAUAUGCCCUCAAUGUAACUCUAACCCUUAACAUGGUGGUGAGGUUAACCUCAGAACUGGAGACUAACAUUGUAGCCGUGGAGAGAGUGAGUGAAUACUCUGAGCUUGAGAAUGAGGCUCCCUGGGUGACUCAGUGCCGACCUGCAGAGAAGUGGCCAGAGGCAGGAAGGCUGCAGUUUGUAGACUAUAAGGUCCGUUACAGACCUGAACUGGACCUGGUCCUGAAGGGGAUUACCUGUGACAUCGCCGGCACUGAGAAGAUUGGUAUAGUGGGCCGUACAGGAGCUGGGAAAUCAAGUCUAACAAACUGCUUGUUUCGCAUUAUUGAAGCAGCUGAAGGACGUAUCCUUAUUGACGAUGUAGAUAUCUCUAUGAUUGGACUGCAUGAUCUAAGAAACAGGCUCACAAUCAUCCCACAGGAACCAGUCUUGUUUUCUGGGACGCUGAGGAUGAACAUGGAUCCAUUUGACAAAUUCAGUGAUGAGGACAUCUGGAGGGUCCUUGAGCUGUCUCAUUUAAAUGAAUAUGUAGCUGGGCUGCAGGAAGGAUUACAACAUGAGGUUUCAGAGGGAGGAGAAAACCUCAGUGUUGGGCAGAGGCAACUGCUGUGUCUGGCUCGAGCGCUGUUGAGAAAGUCUCAAAUCCUGAUCCUGGAUGAGGCCACAGCAGCCGUUGACCUGGAGACAGACAAGCUGAUUCAGAAUACUAUCCGCAAAGAGUUCUCCCACUGCACGGUGCUCACCAUCGCCCACCGUCUGCACAGCAUCAUGGACAGCUCCAGGGUGAUGGUCCUUGAUGCUGGUAAAAUUGUGGAAUUUGAUUCUCCAAGCAAUCUGAUGGAAAAGCGAGGUAAUUUCUACUACAUGGCAAAGGAUGCUGGGAUAACACAUGGGAGCAUAACAGCUGUCUGAUAAAGGACUUAUACUUAGUUUUUUAAAAGACAAUUUAAUUUCUCUCUUUUUCCGUGCUUAAUUUCAGGACCAUUGAAUGUUUAAUGUAUAUUUUGUCAAAAUAAGGUGAGAUCUUUCCAUGUAAUUCAUGCGACAUUUAUUAAAUGCUCACAGUUGAAUCAAUAAAAAGUAAAAUAAGUAUAUUUCCACAUUCUGGGACUAAAAGACUGGAGAGGCCUGUAUGGAGUCAUAUACUAUCUGUCUUAUCUUUUGCAGAAGUACAAACUACAAGUGUAACCCUAGAAAUUAUGUAUGAUGAUUUUCUAUUCUCUAUAAGUAUUAAAUGAAAUGAGUGAUCUUUAAUGAACAAGUUAAAACACAUAUAAAUAGUAAUAUGAUUGUGAACUGAUGAUUAAAGUAAAGCAUUAAGGUUUAGAGAUUCUUAAUCAGCUAUAUAUGAAAGACAUAUAAUGUCAAUCAGUUGUGAUGUAUGAAUAAAAAGAAUGAAGUGAUGGUUUUAUAACUGUGAUUAAAGUAAAAGCAAAAAGCUGA